CUCAUAACUAGAAGUGUGUUGUUUUUGUUUAUUUUUAAACGAGUUUUACUUAUAUAAUAACGAUUUAAAAAAUAAAAUAAAAAGCUUCCGUUAAAAAUCAUAUGGACAAGACAACACCGUAAGAACAUAAUUAUUUUAUUUUUUUGGACCGAUUUUGCCUCGUCACUUGAAAUACCGUUUCAGUUUCCGCCUGAACGGGCUGCUAACCAGUUAGCAUGCUAACUAUCUAGCCUGUCUUCACACGAAAAUAGUCAAAUAACACGAACAACGCAACGACUAAACUAAUACACGCAGAUUCAUUCCGUGUCAUUUAACUCGUAAAAAUAGUAUUUUUACUACUUGAAUCGUCGACUUUUCUGGGUUGGAAAACAACCCGUUUUAAGUGAGCUAAGUUGUUAGCCACAUCACAACAUAACUACCGUGAGGACGGUCACCGGGAGCCUCCCGGUCCCCGCGUCUACAGACGGACAAUUAUGGAAGUGAAAUAACUAUAAUAUAACCAACUCCUACAUUUCAUAUUGUUCAUUUAUAUAUCAAAUAAAACAUGUCAGCCAGUGGUUUCUCCGACCUGCGGGAAAAGCUGAAGUCCAUGACUCCUCACCGGGACAAUUACAAAAACAGAGUUACCGAUAAGGACGACAGUUACAAAAAUAGGAAAGUUAAAGUUACCGACGGAGGUAGUAGUAACGGGAACGGCCGGAAGCGGAAGCACCGAGAUUCCUCCGAGGAUGAGGUCGAGCCUGUGGAGUCCCGUGAGCAGGAGGCGAGGCGUGUCCAGAGUGGCAUUGUUCAGGUAGAGGUCUUCUCUAAAGAGGACUGUGAUGUCAUUGAGGGCAAGAUAAAUGAGGUGGUUGCUAACGGAGAAGCGGGGCUUUACCGGGAACACACCGUAGAUCGGGCACCGCUACGGAACAAAUAUUUCUUUGGAGAGGGCUAUACAUACGGGGCCCAGCUAGAGAAGAGAGGACCUGGUCAGGAGAGAUUGUACCCUAAAGGAGAGGUGGACGACAUCCCGACCUGGGUUCACGACCUCGUCAUCACUAAACUGGUCGCCAGCGGGGUCGUACCUGAAGGUUUUGUGAACUCAGCGGUGAUCAACGACUACCAACCAGGCGGCUGCAUCGUGUCACAUGUCGACCCGCUCCACAUCUUCGCCCGGCCAAUCGUAUCCGUGUCCUUCUUCUCAGACUCGGCCCUCUGCUUCGGCUGCCGCUUCCAGUUUAAACCAAUCAGAGUGUCUGAGCCCGUCCUGGAGCUUCCUGUCAGGAGAGGAAGUGUUACUGUCCUCAGUGGCUACGCGGCUGAUGACAUCACCCACUGUAUCCGCCCCCAGGACAUCAAGGAGAGACGAGCCGUCAUCAUCCUCAGGAAGACGAGACCAGAUGCUCCCCGUGUAGACCAGAGCCCCUCCCCUAACCCCUCCCCCCCUGAGAAACACGCCCCUCUGAAGGCCAAACGCUCUCACCGCAGAGCUGACCCAGACGCUGCACACAGACCGAGGGUUCUGGAGAUGGAUAAGGAGGAGAAUCGUCACUCCUCCUCUUCGUCCCGCCUUCAUCGCCGUAGCAACAGCUCCGAGAACUACUGGAGGCGGAGCCGAGAUGGCGACGUGUCACGCAAGGUCAAGAUGCGGCGUCACUGAACACCGGACUGGAUGGGCUCAGAGAGAGAGAGUGUGUGUGUGUGUGUGAGUGAGGGCGUUGGAUCGUCAGUCUGUUAAACCCCCCCCCCUGCAUGCUCGGAUGGAUGGAACACGCCACGAGGCUGUCAGCCAAUCAGAGACUGGCCUGAGGACAGGGGGCGGGGUUACAGUAAGACUGUGGGAAGUUCUACUGUUGCUAUGCUGCCAACCCCCUGUUGCUACGCUCCCCCAUGUCCCAUGUCCUAGUAAACAGUGUUUCUGUAGGAACUAACUCCUCCGUGGUUCAGUGGACAGAGACCCUAUGGGGGAGAUGAAUGGUGUUUCUGUAGGAACUAACUCCUCCGUGGUUCAGUGGACAGAGACCCUAUGGGGAGAUGAAUGGUGUUUCUGUAGGAACUAACUCCUCCGUGGUUCAGUGGACAGAGACCCUAUGGGGGAGAUGAAUGGUGUUUCUGUAGGAACUAACUCCUCCGUGGUUCAGUGGACAGAGACCCUAUGGGGGAGAUGAAUGGUGUUUCUGUAGGAACUAACUCCUCCGUGGUUCAGUGGACAGAGACCCUAUGGGGGAGAUGAAUGGUGUUUCUGUAGGAACUAACUCCUCCGUGGUUCAGUGGACAGAGACCCUAUGGGGGAGAUGAAAGGCGUUUCUGUUGGGGAUAUAAAAUAAGGUCUGAUGACGUUUAGUUCUAUGAGAUGAUCGGCAUCUGCUAAUUGUGAAUUUUGAAGCAUUUUUUUUAAUUUGGAAAAUCACAUACAGGCUUCAUCAUUCAUAAAUGUCCUGUUAACUGACUGAUAUUAUCAGAGAACCACAACGUAAAGACUUCAUCAUUAAGGUGAUGUUAACUGACUGAUAUUAUUAUGCUAGUAUAAGACCUUAUUUUUCAGCGUUUAUCCCCAAACCCCCUCCGUUCAUUUCCCCAGUAGGAAUGGCUGAACGGACCAGUAGGAAUGGCUGAACGGACCAGUAGGAAUGGCUGAACGGACCAGUAGGAAUGGCUGAACGGACCAGUAGGAAUGGCUGAACGAACCAGUAGGAAUGUCAUUUCCAGGUUUUUAGGUCUACAAGCUGGCCAGAUCUUUCCCCAUAGGGUUUGUCCGUUAGUAUCUGUUCCUGGAUCAGUGAUCUACCCUGUCACCCUGAACCAUUAUAGGGAGGUAGUAUCUGUUCCUGGAUCAGUGAUCUACCCUGUCAACCUGAAC